AUGUCAUGCUUCUUACGUACGUUUGCUUUAUGCUCGGCUCUUACUCUCAGUCUUGCUGCUCCAGCUCCAGCUCCAGCUCUAGCACCUGCCGCUAGGAUCCCGGCUGAGGUCGGAAAACGGAUCACUUCCAACUACCAGCCCAUCGAUACAACAUGUCCAGCAACGAGUCUGGUUCGCGCCGCGGACGGCAUCAGCACUGCUGAACAGGCCUACAUCACAGCACGCAAGGCCGUUGCUGAUAAAGCUCUCGCUGCUUGGCUCUUGAAACAAAGCUCUGCCUUUGACACAUCAAGCCUGCCUACUGUGGGCUUGACUACUAGUGGUGGUGGUUAUCGGUCACUGCUAGUAGGUGCCGGUUUCUACCAGGGACUCGACAGUCGCGAUACCGAUGAGACCACGGGUGGCCUGGUCCAAAGCCUGACCUACCAAGCUGGUCUUUCUGGCGGCUCGUGGUUCCUCUCAUCACUCGCGGGGAACAAUUGGCCUACUGUGUCUUAUCUCAAGGCCAACUUGUGGGAGGACGCCUUCGACAAUAGUCUGCUCGUACCAGCCAAUAUCUUUUCAAUCGAUGGUUUGACACAAUACGCCGUCAUUGUUGGAGAGCUCAGCGCCAAGGAGGAGGCUGGGUACGAUACCACGCUCGUCGAUCCAUAUGGGCGAUUGCUUUCGUAUCAGUUGCUGGAAGGAACCCAUGGAGGUUCCAGUGUCAGGCUUUCAGGCCUGGCUGAUCUCGGCAACUUCAAGAGCUACAACGUGCCGUACCCCAUCAUCACCACUAUCGGUGUUCCGGCUGCUACGGGAGAAUGCUGGCCAGACUUGGAUGCGCCCAUCUACGAGUUUCACCCCUAUGAGUAUGGCUCGUGGGACACGGGCAUUGCCGCUUUCACCGACAGUCUGUACAUGGGCAGCAGUCUAAACGCCGGCGUACCGGCAGGCGACAGCUGCACAGCACAAUACGACAACCUCGGAUAUAUACUUGGUACAAGUAGCAACUUAUUCAAUGCGCUCUGCAGCAUCAUCGACUCUGUGAACUCCACGACCGACUUGUCAGAGACCCUCGAAGGAAUGAUACCGCACGACUCGGUCUUUAAUGAUCUCUUCGGCAUCUACCCGAAUCCAUUCUACAAAUUCGAGCAGUCGAGCUCCGUGGUAAACGAUAAAUAUCUAACCCUAGCAGACGGUGGCGAAACCAACCAGAACAACCCCAUUUGGCCGUUUAUCCAGAACGGAGGCCGGUCCGUAGACGUCCUCAUCGUCAACGACAACAGCGCCGACACUGACGACAACUUUCCCAACGGAACCGAGAUCCUGACCACAUACCAGCGGGCACAGGAAGUGGGCCUCACCAAGAUGCCCUACAUCCCCUCUGUCGACACCUUCGUUUCCCAGGGACUGAACAAGCGCGCCACUUUCUUCGGAUGCGACGAGCCGGAGACCACACUUAUGGUAUUCGUACCUAAUGUCGACUAUACCUUCGCCAGCAACACGGCGACGUCCAAGCUGUCGUACAGUGCCGACGAGACCAAUGCCAUGAUUGCGAACGGGCUACAGGUCGCUACGCAGGGCGGAGAGGAGGGGUGGCCGUUGUGUCUUGCUUGUGCUGUCAUGUCGAGGGGUGGCGAUUUGCCGGUUGACCCACUGAUCGUUAUCAGUAUGGCUCUAAGACAGUCGACCCUCCGAAGACGUACCCAGCGCGAGAUGCGAAACACGCAGCGCAAGGCUAUCCCUGCUUGGAGUCUUCGACGACGAUGCAAGUAG